AUUCGAGACUAGCUUCUGCGGAGCUUGAUCGCCGCCCUGGCCAUAUAUGAGUAUCUACAUUGAGUACAAAGCAGAACCACAUUCUGUAAUUGUAUACAGUCGGUCAUUGUACAUACUUCUAGCAUAUCUACUUGCCAUCUAAGACUCAGAUUGUUCCGGGCAUUGACAAGAUUCUGUCAAUAUCGAAAAGCAAACCAUGAGCACCACGCAGUCCGGGAGCUCUGGUACUGCCACCUCUGGCUCACCCCACCGACCGAUCUCAAAAGCAGAAGCAUCGAAUCCUAGAGAAUUCCAGCUCAAUCAGUUACGGCGUCGCUUUCGCCCCCAGGAAAGCAGUGAUGACGCUGGAACCACGGCAACUUUCAGGCUUACCCCCUCUGAUCCGGACUUCCCCUUCGAAAUGGACAAGCUACAGUGCAUUUUACACGUCCCUCUAACUUACCCGACUCAAGGACGUCCCACGAUCAAAGUCACCAAUCCCGAAAUGGGAAGCGCAUUCCAAGAGAAUAUUGCUAGAGGCUUCGAUGACAUUGUCGACAGCACCAUCAGAAGCGGCAGCCGUGGGACGCUGCUCAGCUACAUGAACACUCUAGACCGACAUCUGGAGCGCUUGCUGACGACUUUGGAACGGGGACCGACGCUCAAGUUUGUGCCCAACACAACAGCAAGCAAGCCACAGUCAGCGGUGGUCCAGAAGCUGUCACGAGAUAUGGAGUCGCUCGCUGUGUCUUCGUCAACCUCUCAGCCUCGGACCCAAGUGCUGUCGACCCCCGAACCUGCCCCGCUUCCAACAUACACCGCGGCCGAGAAGGCUCAGGCGGAAAAGCGACGAGCAGCGGAGACGAAACAAUUGGAGGCUCGACUUGGUAGAUUGUCCUCUUUCCAGAAGCUCAGUGACGGUCUCUCUUUUCUCAUCCCUAUUCAGCCGGCCAAAAUCGAUCGGCUACCUGUGCCCCUCCGGUCUGUGAAGGCUGUCAAGUUGCAGGUGCCUCAAUUGUACCCGCUUGAGCCCAGCGCCAUUGAACUGAACAGUAUGGAAGGCCUAGAGGCUCGAGCUGUCGAAGCAGGCUUCAGCAAGUGGGUUCAAAACAACCUAAACCUAAAUCUGAUGUCGCAGGUCAAUUAUCUCACCAGCAAUAUGCUUAAUUUCUCCAAGACGCCAGUGGAAAGCGCUCCCGCUCCGGUUGCAACAUCCGAGAUUCCAGAUUCUAAGCCAUUCGAGGCAGCUGCAACAGGUCCGCCGGUUCCAGAAUCCGUGGCGACGGACAAACCCCAUGUCCAUGUUGUGCCCCGACCUCCGGAAUGGAACGUGGGUGGUGACAGUAGUGCUUCUGAGGAGACGGAUUUCACCGAGUCUGACGAGGAACCCACGGAAGACGACGAAGAUGGAGGCGCUCCUGUUCCCGAUCUUCCCGAGCCUACCAAUGUUGAACGCGGCGUUGCUCUCUCCUUCCCAUUCCUGGAACUCUACGGGAUUGAGCUUCUGGAGCUCGUCGGUCUUUAUAUCACAAUCAAAUGCGAUCGAUGCAAGGAGACGAUGGAUGUGAGAAAUAUUCCUCAGAUCAAAGACAAAAAUGACGAGCUGUCUCUCAAAGUGGAGACAUGCAAGAAGUGUGCGAACACGAUGAGCAUGGGAUUCCGUCGUCAAUUGAUGCAUCCCAACGCGACUCGAGCUGGCUAUCUGGACUUGGAUGGAUGCACUGUAGUCGAUCUUCUCCCUAGUAGCUUUAUACCCACGUGCGCGGAAUGCUCGACGCCAUUUCCGAGCCCUGGAAUUGUGGCGGUUCGUGGCGAAAGCGCAAUGGCUAACUGCCGCCAGUGCCAUCGCAAAAUGGUUCUCAAGGUCCCGGAGGUGAAGUUCCUCAAAGUCGGGUCUGCAGCAUUCUCUUCUCGUGAUCGUCCCCCUCCCCGAAAGAAGCCCAAGGAGGUCCUCGGCAUCGUCGCCGGCCAAGAACUGCCCCGUCGCGGCCGGUGCCCGCAUUACGGGAAAAGCUAUCGCUGGUUCAGGUGCGCCGGAGCCUAGAGCCCACCCAAGAAACGAAAUGAUAUACCCAUGCUAAUAUCCUCCGCCCUACAGAUUCAGCUGCUGUGCCAAGGUCUUUCCGUGCGACAAGUAUGACAUCCACCCCGCCGUCCCAUAAACAUACUAAUCGAUUCCACAGAUGCCACGAUGCGGCCACUGACCACCCCAAUGAACAUGCAAACCGCAUGAUC